AUGUAUCCUCUCUCCACACGCUCCACCUUUUGUCCUACUAGUGCUGUUCCCAGCUCGCUCACCGCUGACCAGCACCCACCGGCACCAGCGCAGCGGCCAACCACCAUGCAUCAUCCCUCGCCCUUCCUCCUCCUCCUCCUCGCCGCCUCGCCUCUGGUCGCCACCGCGGCGACGUUCAACUGCGUCGGCGGAGUUUACAAGGCCAACAGCACCUACGAGGCCAACCUCCACCGCCUGGCCGCCGUGCUCCCGGCCGAGACCGCCGCCUCCCAAGACCUCCAGGCGUCCCGCGGCGUGGGGUACUGGCCCAACCGGCCGCGGGCCUCCUCGCGGUGCUACUGGGGCGUCGGCUCUUCCUCCUGCGCCGCCUGCGUCGCCGGCGCCUUCCGGGAGGCGGAGAGGGCGUGCCCGUACGGCAAGAAGGCGGUCGUCUUCGCCCGCAACUGCACGCUCAGUCUCGCCGAUUUUCCUCGAGCUCUCGGCUUCCGCACCAUCAGUUGGCUUGACCUCUUGGGUCCGGGACUCAUAUUUCAAGCAAUUGGAUUUGCAUGGCUUUUCUUCCUGCUUCUGCAAGAAUGGCGUGAUAAACGAAGAGCCUCUAUGAUGCGUUGUAGCUCUCUUCCAUCUGAAGAUCAGUAG